AAAUAUAGAUAUAUAAUAUAAUAAGUUUUUUUUUUUUUUUUACCAUUUAUUUCUCUUGAAGUGAUUAAGCUGAUCAGAUUCAAGAUAAAGAAGAAGAUGAUAUACAACAGAAACACAGCCAAGAUUGAGGAUGGUUUCUUUGGUGGAAACAUGACCAAAAAGAUGCAUGCAAUCAAAUAUUGGAAAGUAUUUGGCUUUCUAUAUUAUCAAGAUGCACCAAAUCAAUCUAAUAUUUUGUCAGGGUUAGUAUUAGUAUACAUACAACUUCUGUAUAGAGAUCUUGCUGUUUGAUGUUUUGGGGGCAACACAUUCAUCUUCUUCUGGAAAUAUUUUUAUCACUCAAGCAAGGACACAUUAUUGUAGUCAUUAGAGAAUGAGUUCUGGUUCAAAUGUUACCAUCAUUACCAGGGAAACUUGGGACGAUUCAAACAACCGGAAUAAGUGUCGCCGUGGGACCCAGAACUUGCUAUCUCAAAGGUCUAAAAGUGAGGCCCACCCUGGACACAAAGGAGUUAUCCUGCAACAUAACAUGAACUGGGGAUGCCAAAUAUACUUCAAUAAUGAGCGGAUAUGGCUCGGGACUUUCAAGACAGAAAAAGAGGCCGGAAUGGCAUAUGAUUCCGCUGCCUUAAAACUCCGGAAUGGGAGUGGGGGUAAUUUUGAUCGUAAUUUCCCAUGGACUAACCUAACCAUCCAUGAGUUAUCCUUCCAGAGGUGGUUCUCCAAAGAAGCUGUUUUGAACAUGAUUAGAGACGGUUCGUAUCCUUCAAAACUAGCAGAUUACAUAAACCUCCAAGAAAGCGCUGAACAAGACAUAAAGCCAUCACACUCUUUGGACGCCGCAGGAGGGCUUUUUGGUAGAAGACUAUUCCAAAAAGAGCUCACCCCGAGUGAUGUCGGGAGACUAAACCGGCUUGUGAUCCCAAAAAAAUCCGCAAUGGAGUUUUUCCCACCGGUUCCAACAGGUGAAAGGGGCCAAAAUGUGGAACUAGUUGAGUUAACAUUUUACGAUAGGUCAAUGAGGAUCUGGAAAUUUAGGUACUGUUACUGGAAAAGUAGUCAGAGUUUCGUUUUCACCAGGGGAUGGAACAAGUUUGUGAGUUCACAUAAUCUGCGCCCACGAGACGUGAUCACUUUCUUCAUGUGCCCACAACCACCUGCCAACAUGAACAAUGCUGCGGUUAUUUAUGUUAUCGAGGUUACUCAUAGGAACCAAGUGCACUAUGACAUACCUGCUACUUUAACUGUUGACGAUGAUGAAGAUGUUAAAGGUGGUAUUACGCUUCACCCAAUCAAGUCGAUGCCGUUUUUGGGGGUCGAGGACAGCAAAGGAGUUUCAGUCAAGAUGGAGGAAGAUGAAAAUGGAUUAGUUGAAAGAAAGGAAGGUUUCAAGCUUUUUGGGGUGCAAAUUUGCUGAGAAUUUUUUGGUAUUGCUUAGCUUUUAAAUCCUUAUGAUUGAAUUGAAUGCAUUGAUUGGAUUUUUAAUUGUUGAUACAGAAUUAAAAUGAGAAUUACUCUAUUAAUCCUGUUGAAGAGAUAUUGGUUUUAGAGUAAUUGUGGUUUUAAAUUUGUAAUCGAACAUAUUGGUUUUAAAUCAUUAAUCGAGGUUAUGUGUAUGCAAA